AUGACUGAUACGGAUGCUUUAGAACAGUAUAUAUACGCUACCUUUUCCACAAUCACAGACGAGCAAAGCAGACCAUUGGAUAUCACUGCAGCUCUUCCAUUGCUGAAGCAAGUUUUGACAGGCUACACACAGCAGAUUGCAGAGCACAAGUUCAAUUAUAUUGGAGAAUCAGCAGUACAAUUUGCCAUCCAUUUGAUUUUGGCUGACCACUACUCCAAGUAUGAGGAUCGUGUUUUAUCAGCAAUCGCAAAAAAGUUCACAGCGCCACUUCAGCUAUACAAGCUGAUUGGAAAGCAGAUCCACUUGAAAGAAUAUGUGAGACCUAUAUAUUUGAAAGAAACAUUGGAUAUGAUAUUUGGUAUUCUCUUUCGCUAUAACGGCAUCAUGGCGAUUCAAAAGCUUAUUCAAGAUGCCUUCAUAUGCCUCGUCAACCAUGAUCUCAAUAAUACAACCAGCCCAAAAAAGUUGCUCUCACCAUCCUCCUCCACAAAUCAAACAGUGAACCCAGUCAAGGCACUGUACGAGUUGGUUCAAGCCAACAGCGGCGCAAUAGAGACAGAAGCACACGAAAUAGACGACAAGAAGUGGCAGGUCAAGAUUGUUGCCAAACUCAAUGCAAGCUCCCUGCUGUUCUCUCAUGCGCGCACCAGCAGCAGCAAGCAAAAGGCCAAGACAGAGGCUUCGCGCGACAUUUUGAACUAUUUCACCAACAAUCCCGAUGUGUACCAGCAUCUUCAGAUCGCAGCGGAAGGAGCAAUCGAUAUCCAUGCAUUACCCAUCAGCGAAAGUGACUAUUGCCACUUGUUUGCUGAGAAUACCAACACCAGACCCGCUCUCGAGACAUCAUAUUGGAGUGGAAGCAGUGCCAAUUUAUCGCAAUCAAGCCAUGAAGAGGCCACCGUGUUGCUGGAAAACUUGUUUUUGGACGGUAAAAUGGAUGUAGACAUGGAUUCUCGACAAGUCAAGCGACAAAGGCAGAGUACACAUGGAUUGAGUGACAGUGCCAUUGUCAAGACAGAGACAUUGGAACACCAGCAGCCAUUGUCAUCACCAACACCAUCAUUACAACCUACGAACACAAUGGAGUCGAAUGUGACCUACAUCAACGAUGAAGAGACAUUCCAGCCAUUCAACCAACCUGCUGAAGCGCUCAUGGACGAAGCCACAGCAGUUCGCAAUGAAAAGAUUAUCAAACACUUUAGAAAGUUGUUCCAAGCACACAGACUUGUCUUGUUGCAAUGUAGAACCAAGCCUGGUCAAUCCAAGUCGAUAUUCCUUUCAUUCGUAGUUCAGCGCCAAGACGAGCUGCAGGUGAACAUCUCUAUUCAGCAAGGUGGCGACAGUCAUACCCCUCUCUUCCAUGCUGAAGUUGUGCUUCGUUCCAAGACAAAGGCAAAUGUGUUUCUCAAGACAGAGGGACAUGGACGAAGAAAGAAGGAUGCAGAACAACAGGCAUUCAAUAAGAUGAUUGAAAUAGUAACUAAUUGGAAUUCCAUAACCUGA